UCUCUAUGGCUCUGGAUUUUAGCAGCCGUAAAGCGAGAAGCCACGCCUUCGUGACAGUCAUAUCCAAUGGGGAGAGUGAACGUCAUGUGAGAAGGCAUCUAAUGGACGCACCCCAUGAGCAGCAGCAAUCGCCUUUCUGCUUGGCGCGAGAUUUAAUAUUAGACCGUCAAACCUUGCUCCAUGUUGGUACAAACCCGUAACAAUUCCGUGAAUUUAAAAGCGCGAUAAUGCACAAAACGCGCACGGUAUUCAUCAUUAAUGUACAGCAAUGACUUUUUAUCCAAAGCGAGAAACUGGAACGGUUAAUUAUGAAAUAUGAAGAUACAACUGUGACUGUUACUUGUUGCAGUUAAAGUGUUUACUGUAGGGAUGGAUUAUAUAUAUAUAUGGCAACAUGGAAACGCCGUUCUCUCUACCUCAGCCUACUAGAAACAAGAACUCUUCCGGAAGUGUCUCCGACAGAAGGACCUGCCUUACGAACCUGGAGACGGACGGCAAAUGCAAAAUCCAGGUGCUCCCAAAACACAACAGGCUGAAACGAACAAAAACACACAAAGGAUUGGAGAAUUUAACUGACUGCGGAAACAGGCUUACCCACGUGACUGAGACCCCGGAGUCCAAUGCAUCUUGUGACGUUAUUCUCAUUAACGGUAAAGAAAAACUAUUUACAGAUGCUGCCAUAGCUAUUGACGGUAAAGACAAUUCAGUUUGUCUUCCUUUAUCAUCAGAACUUCCCACAGAAAGCAUAAGAAAUGAAAGACGCCAUUCUCAAACUUUGCAAAGCGUUUCCCAAAUGCAAAAUGAGGUAUCUACAAAGGGAUUUAUGAAACGCAAUAAACUGGCAUUAAAGAGGAUGAGCAGCAAUAUGGGUGUUCAGUUUGUCUCUGUUCCUGCGGAGAGGGAACGUAGCUCAAGUGACAGAAGCUUAAAGCCAGACAUUGAUCAUUUUGCAGCUAAUAAAGAGGUGUUGUCCAGCUGUUUACGAAUAAACACCAGUAAGGGGGACCGUUUGAUGGAUCAGCCAGAAGUUAACAUUGGACAAACCCCAGAGAGCACAAAACAUCAUGAUAUUGGCCAAGCCCUGACUUUCAUCACGCCUCGGACUGCUCAGAACAUCUGUAAAGAAUCAACCAAUGUCAAAAUCCUCAGAGAAAUGAUGUCUGGCUGGAGAAAUGAAUUUCCCAAUGAAAUCAGCAGUGAGUUUCUGGAAGAGAUUCAGAUACUCAAUUUGAAGUUUCCCAUCCACAGGUUUCUCACUCUUCUCCUGAGCAAGAGAACUAAACCUGAGGAGAGUUCUGCUUUGGAAGCAGAAAAAACUGACUAUUCCAAGCAUCCUUCAGCUUCCUCUGUCCAGAGAAAGAGAAAACGAGAGUUGCAAGAACAGAUGUGUGACAGGACAUACAAAAGUCCUAAGACAAACAAAGGCAGUAUUUCUGCUGAUAAGUUGGAUUUUGAGCUAUUUUCAGAUAGUUUAACCCACUCUCAUGCAAAAUACAGAAACCGACUGAGCCGAACAUCUGUUCAUCUGGACCCAUGGCGCGGUUGUCUACAAAGAGUGGAUGUUCUCUGGACAGAUAAAUAUAAACCUCAAAAGUCUAGAGAAGUCAUUGGCAACUCUGCAUCAGUACGGCAACUACACAGCUGGUUAAAAGAAUGGAAAUUAAGGGCAGACAGUGAGGAGAGGAGAAGACGACAAGAAGAAAUGAGGAUGAAAGAAGAAAACAGUAAUGAGUCAUGGGACUGUGGUGAUUUUGAGGGUGAUACUGUAUCCAUAGACCAUGAGAAGGACCUGUGUAACACAGUGCUCAUGAUCGGUCCAUCCGGAGUGGGCAAAACAGCUGCUGUUUAUGCCUGUGCACAGGAGCUGGGAUUUAAGGUGUUUGAGGUGAAUAGUUCAGUCCUGCGCUGUGGUCGUCUCAUCCUCUCCCAGCUGACAGAAGCGACUCAGUCUCAUCAGGUGGACAUACAGAAAAUUAAAACCCUCAAACCUGAAAUCAUUAACCAAAGCAAAAUAAAACCUGCUCCACCUUGCGAUGAAGCCAAUAGAAAGGUUACUUCAUCUAAGGGCACUUCAAAUUCUCCUAGUGCUUCCUGUCUAAGUGGUAAAUCACAACCAGUAAAACUCACUCGUUUCUUCAAGUUGAGUAGCAAAAAAUCUGUAGGUAAAACCUCUGAUGGUCCUGAACGCCACAUUCAUGCUGUCGAACUGAAGCCGGGUAGACUUCAGAGUUCAGGGUCGGGUUUUAAGGACAAGAGAGAAGGAGAUAAGGAGUUAACAUGUUCUUCUAAAGAUCCUACAUCAGUCAGGCAGAGCCAAACAAUCCCCAUGUCACUCAUUCUGUUUGAGGAGGUUGAUGUCAUUUUUCCUGAAGAUGUUGGAUUUCUUGCAGCAAUUAGGACUUUCAUGAGCACAACCAAAAGACCCAUAAUUCUAACAACCAAUGAUCCAUUAUUUGGUAGAAGACUUAAGGGGCAUUUUGAUGAAGUCCAUUUCCAAACUCCUUCACUGCAAACCAUCAGGAGCUAUCUGCAGUGCAUGUGUGUGGUGGAGAACAUGAGGACUGAUCCAGAAGACAUGGCUUUUUUGUUGUGUCAGAAUAAGGGGGAUAUCAGACAGAGUAUUCUCCAGCUUCAGCUCUGGGUCUGUAGUGGUGGUGGGAGAACAGAACAACAAAUUCUCAAGAACACACUCAAAUGUGGAUCAUGGACUGAGCUGGAAAACAGCAGAUGUCUGGAGAUCCUGGCAGAGAAAACGGGAGGAGGUCUACUGUACUCCAACAUCGAAAGACUAUUUUCUCCACAUUUCACAUCUCAAUCCUCUCAUCAUCAAGAGUCAAUAAAUCCCAAGACUAAAGGAGAAAAGACAGUCAAAGGCUUGAUGUUACAAACCUCUGCAAAUGUAAAUGAGGUUAAUCCAGACAGACUCUAUAUACGCAGAGGACAAAAACAUUUGUCAUCUUGUGAGCCAAAAAAACUAUUCUCAGUUCCUUCAAAGCAAACUAAUCAUUUGGCCUCAGAAACAGAUGUCAAUGGACAGGAUAAUUCACUCAUGCUGGUUUUUCAGCAUUUGGUGUGCAUUGCAAAUUUUUUUGACAACAUGUCUUUUCUGGAUGCUUAUUUACAAAGACCAUCUCUCAGUGGAACUGGAUAUUGCAAACCGGAACCUCUUGGCUGGAUGGGCGCCACACUGAAGGAUAGCUUAUUGGACUUACCAAGAGAGGAACAGAUUAGACAAUGUUUCGAGAAUUCCUCACAGAUAUUGGCCAUUGUGGAAGGUUUGGGUUUUCUUCAGUGCCAGACUGAACUCUCUGGGAUCUGGAUGGAAGCUGUGAGGCUGAAGGAGAUGUUGUCUUCAGAGAGAUGGGAACAAAUUAUUUCUGCCCUUUCUCUGCCAUCUGACAAAAAAACCCUCAAAUUGUGUCACUGCAAAUUCUGUGCACCUAGUGGUAUCCAGAAGUGCAAGGAAAUUAUAUCCAUACUGAUCUCUAGCAAAAAGGUUUGUUGUCAUAAUAAUAAACCUGCUCUUUCCAUGGACUACCUGCCCACUCUGCGCUCAAUCUGUAGAUCAGAGAGAGUUAAAGAACAGCACUCAUUCAGACAUUCACACUACCUUUCAAGCCUUAACCUGCCCAGAAGCACACUGGAGCUUAUGGCCUCGGAUUUUCCUUGAUGUCUGACUGACAGGCUGCUCUAGAAAACCUCCAUGACUUCUAAACUGUUUACUGUAUUGUGACAGGAAUGUGAUGUGUUUGUACAUGGUUACAGAAAUAUAUAUGUGAAGUCUUCUAUAAGAUCAUUUACUCUUGUCAAAUAAAGAAAAUAUAUUUUGUUAAA